CUCCAGGUCCAGGAAGCCCCAAUACCUCGAGGGGAAGACGGUUGACUUGGUCGGGCCUCUCUCACCGACUCCGCCCCCUUCCUCGGGCAUUUUCCGCUAUCGUACCCCGGGACUACUGCAAAGACGCCGCCGAAACUACGCAGCCCUCGCUCCACUUACCUGCACCGUUUAACAACUGCUCCAACUCCCAGAAUUCCCCCUACUACGUAAACGACGUCGAUCCCGCCGACUUCGCCGCGAUGCCCCCUGGGAUAUGUAGUGAGCGCCGUUUGCUGUGCAUGCUGGUCUCCUCCGGCAUUUUUUCUUGGUUUGGGGAUCGUUUCCACCUGAGAAAGGUGAUGUUUCUCGAGGAAAGGCUAAAAACUCUGGGGGCUGAGGGAUAAGCGAGACAACUAACCCUGUCACUUCCCUUGUUGGAGACUGGCAGCAGCUCUGACUUCUAAGCCAACCUUCUCCGGCACCCUCUAGAAGAGUUGUGGCUCAGCGUUGAGGAAGGACCUUCUUGCUAGCAAGUCAGGAGCGGAAAACGGCUGUGCAUUUUCUUUUCCUCACCGGUCACAUUUCUGGGCCCGAGACACAGAGGUCGGCUGAAAGACGGAGACCCCGUUCCGGGUGGUGUGUUCUCGGAGGAGACCAGCAACCACCGCAGGGCCGCACCCACGCCGGGUCGGGGAUCGGGGAGACCCUCAUUCAUUCGUUCGUUCAGUGCCCGGCAUGAGGGAUGCCUGUCACUUGCAAAGCGCGGCACUGUUUACCCUUCCCUGCACCUAUUCUCAAUUGCAGUCCUGUGGUCCUUCUUUUGGUUAAGUAACUUCUUCAAGGUCACUCAGCUAGGGCAGAGCUGAGGACUCCACACCUUUGUAUUCGAACUGUCGAGUUGCCUCCACUUUGAAUUGUGGAUGGACAGAAUCUUCAGGAUACCUUUGCCUUUGUGCGAGUCUUUUUGUGCGUGACCCAGAAGCUGCAUGUUGGACUGGGAUCUGGAAUGAUCAUAAUGGAAGCAAAAUACUUGAAGGAAAGAGUUAUUUUUAUACCAGCACAUUGCACCUGACUACUACCAAUUACAAAUGGUUUUCUUACCUAAGAAAAUUUGUGAUGUAAAUGAAAAGAUAUCUUUUUCCUAGACUCAUUCAUUACAAAUAUGCUUCGUCUAAAAGCUCUUUUUCCAUUCUCCUGGAGAAUAUUUCGAUUUCGACCUUUAGAUUGUGAAACAUUAAUUAGCCAGAUGAAUAAGUGUACAGAUGAAGAGCAAAUAUUUGAUCUUAUUAAAAGAAAUAGAGCCACACUUUCAGAAGAACAAGUGGGAUAUGCAUUUAAUAUACUUUGGCAGUUUCAAAAGCAGAAGACCAACUUGUUAAAGAAUGUUGAAUAUGUCAGAGACCAUCCCCAAUUUCCUAGUCUUUGUAACUUAACUAGGAGUAAAGUAGAGUUAAUGAAUGAUGCUACCUUGGUGAAUGUAUUGUACAUCACACAACAAUUUGCUGUUAAGGCCCAUGACCCUUUGGUGGAAGCACUAGUGACAGAAGCAUGGAGAAGACUGGAAAGGUUUGAUAUUAAUGCACUGUCAAAAUUUUCCUGUUGCUUAGCAGAUCAUCAUUUGCAUUUAAGUCCAUUAAUGGGAAAAAUAGCUGAUAUUGUCAACAGGAACUUGGAAACCAUACAGGACUUAAGGUCCUUGUCUGUCUUGAUGGUCAGCACAUCAUCUUUAAUAUCACAAGAUUUUCAAGAACAAUUAGUGAACAAAACAGAACUUCUUUUUAACACCAUAGAUUCUUCCCAGGUCAACAUUUCAAGAAGAAUAGUACAGUUUCUUCGAAAUAUUAAAUAUAAUUAUUACCCACUAUUAGAAAGGUGCAACAAAAUAUUUUUAAGCAAUAUGAGUCACCUUGAUUUGUAUUCCAUCAGUAAAAUACUUGGUCUAUACCAGUGUCUUCAGUUUUAUAGUUUUGAGUUUACUCUAAAGGCUAAAAAGAGGCUAAUUGAAAUAAUUCCUCUGUAUGAUCACCCUGCUAGCUUUGUAAAAUUGUUUGUAGCAUUGGGACCCAUCGCAGGACCUGAAGAGAGAAAACAACUUACAUCAACCAUACUAUUGAUGUCAGAGGAACUGACCAGCCAGGAAGCACUGGCAGUGGUGGGAGCAAUGGAAGAGAUGGAAAGCAGAAAUUCACGUCUGAUUAAAAAAAUUGCUUCAGUUCUGCAUAAACAUUUGGAUAACUAUAAACCGAUAGAAUUAUUGAAGAUAACUCGAGCAUUGAUUUUUUUACAUUUUCAAAGUAAAGAGCUUUUUGUGAAACUCAGAGAAUUACUGCAUAGUUAUUUGAAAAUUAGUGUUAGACCUAGUGAGAUUUCCGUCCUGGUCUGUGCUAUUUCCAUGCUUCCUUCUCCUCACCUAGAUGAAGUGGAGAUGUCCCGAAUUGAAGGAAUUUUACCACAGUGUGACCUAAAUGAUCUGAAUGUUUUUGCCACAUCUGUCUUAAGAUGGAUUCAGUAUGAUCAUAUGAAUCUGGAUAGUAUUACUGGGAAACAACUGAAACUGCUGCAAAAAUUAGAUCACUAUGGUCGGCAGAGACUACUAAAAAGCAACAAUUUGGAUCAGUUAUGGGAGGAAAUGAAAUCUGUAAAAGGAGACUGGUUUGCUGAGUCACUUCUUGAAGAAACAAUUGCUACAUUACAUCGUUUGAUGGAUGAAAUUAAUUACACAAAUGUUGCAAGGAUUGCAUCUUUUAUUUCUAGAACUAAUUACUUAAGUACUUUGCUACUUGAUAAGAUAGUCUCAGUGGUCAUUCAGCAGAUUGAAAAGAUCCAUCCUUUUUCAGUCUCUGCUAUUAUUCUUCCAUUCAGCACCUUGAACUAUGAUCCACCUCAAAGGGAUGAAUUUUUUGGAAUUUGCGUUCAACACCUUAAUUCUUACUUGAGUAUAUUGGAUCCUCUCGUGUUAGUGUUUCUUAGUUUUUCUUUGGCCACUCUUGAAUAUUUUCCAGAAGAUCUAUUAAAGGCAAUUUUUAACAUCAAAUUCUUAGCCAAAUUGGAUUCUCAACUUGAACUUUUACCUUCAUCUCUAAAUAGGAGGGUCCAGUUUCGUCUUAUGGAAUUAAAUAGAGCAGUCUGCUUGGAAUGCCCUGAGUUUCAGAUUCCAUGGUUUCAUGACCGUUACUGUCAACAACAAUUUAAUAAAGAUAUUGGCAGCAUGAAUGGAGCGCAGCAGGCUUAUAAAAUGUUAGUAGAGAUUCUAGGAGGAAUUAAUUGUGUAAAAGCCUCGGUUCUUACACCUUAUUACCACAUGAUAGAUUUUGAAUGUGUCUUAGAUAAAAGGAAAAAACCUUUUCCUUAUGGAAGCCAUAGUAUAAUUUUGGGAAAACUGCCAGAAAUGUACUGGGAAUCAGGUACCCAGAUAGUUGGAUCAAGGCUGCCACCAGGAGCUGAAAGGAUUGCUUUGGAAUUUUUGGAUUCAAGAGCUUUUUGUAGAAACAUCCCUCACUUAAAAGGAAAAUCUGCCAUGAAAAAACGACAAUUGGAAAUUUUGGGCUAUCAAGUAAUUCAGAUACCUCAUUUUGAAUGGAACUCUAUGGCAUUAUCAACAAAAGAUGCUCAAAUGGACUACCUGAGAGAACGUAUAUUUGGAGAAGGCAAAUCAUGACUGUAAUUGUAAUUUAAAAUUAGUUAUCAUUCUGUGUCAUACUUGGACUUAUUUUAAUUAAAAUAGUGUAGAAUUUA